UUCUCUGGCCAUGUUGCUGUCUGCAGCUCUCUCUGACUGCUGGAGGCGGGGUGCUAAGGAUCCUCUCUCCUCGGUGGACCUGAGUUAUCGCUGUAGAGGACUGUGGGGAGAGUGCAUCCGUGACAACGUGGCUGGGAUGUGGACCUGUGAUGUCACUCUGUCGUACCUGGAACACCAGCCAGCUAAUAUCUUAUCUAUGAGGGUUGCAUUGGUGUUAAUAUGUGGGGUGUCAGCCAUCUCUAACCUCAUCAUGGCAUCGAGCCUGAGGUGCACCACGUUAAUAAGUGACUCAAUCCACAAGAACAGAUUGAUGAGGGCCUCUGGUGCCCUCUUACUGGUUGGAGACGUGUUGUUCCCUUCAGGCGGAUGUGGAACAGCAGGACUGUUGUGGUUUGCCGUGGAUACCUUCACCAGAUACAGGCAGGAGGUGGCUUUUGGUAUACCAGGGAUAACCUACGAAUUGGGCCUUUCCUAUUGGCUGGCAGUGGGAGGCCUGGCCUGCAUUUUGACCUCAGCAACCACCAUACUGACCAUGAGACCUGAGUCUCAGAGGAGAGAUGUGGUUGGGAUGAAUCUGGUUCCAUGGACAGCACAAAAGGGCCUCAGCCGUACUCCAACCAACACCCAACCAAGGUCCCCUGGUGAAAGGACCUACAUAUGAAUACUGAGUCAGUGUCAUUCUUUGAGCUAACUUAUUGAAGUAUCAAAGUAAAUCAUUAAAGCUUCUAGUCUUUUCUGUCUAGACUGUCACACACAAUCCUCAUUUAAUUAGAGUCCCACGCUAUCAGAAACGUGAUGUGUUUUAUUAAUAUAGCAAAUAAAUAGCAAGGUAUAGUUUUACUUACAGUCUUUGUUUAUGUGACUAUCAUCACUGUAAAAACCUACAGUAAAGUACACUACAUAAGUAUCAGUCCAACGUUUAGUGCUCAAAGGGUUGAUUUGAGACGUGUGUGUGACACAAAUGCAACCCGUCAGUCCUACAUUGAUGGCUUUAGGGGAUCUAACAUUGGGUAUAAGAAAAGGGGAUGUCUGCUGUUUUAAUCCACAAUAAUUGUUCUUAGUCACCUGAUGUAAUUUGAAGUAUCUUUAUAUGUGGCUUCAUGGAACUUCAUAGAACUUCAUGCUAGUGUGGUCAUUAAAAAUGAAACCUUUGACAUGAGUCAUGGUCAACUAGUCUUCCUGCACAUCUCAGGGUUGUGUGAGAUUUCACAUCCGUUCACUUCUCCCACUGAGCCACACUCCUGUGCUUACAUCUGUCCUUUUUCUCUCCUUCUAACACAUGCCAGGCUGAGACUUCUCCUCUAGUCUUCCCGUGUACGUGCUCAACUUACUCAUUACUGAUCCCCUUCUGAUGGGCUGGAAUAAAAGAGGGUCUAACAGUUCAUAAAGUUGAUGUUGUGAGUGGUACCACAUCCAAACCAGACCUGAUGUUAGCUGCUCGGAAGACUUUCAGAGGGCGCCAGAUCUGCUGAAGCAGAACUGGAAUUCAACUGUCUGCAAUUAUGGAACAACAGGGAGCAGGAGAGGUAUUUCAGAGGGUGAAGGGGUGGCGGCUGGGCAGGAUUGGGAAUAGAGGUGCAACAUAACGUUGAAAGCCUAACCCACCCCCGCCCCCUGAUGACUACCCUCCCUUUUCUCUCUCUGGGUUUGGAUCCCGUGCUUGCGUUCAUGUGUGGCUGUGAUGAUGUGGGACCUUCAACCAGCUUAUUUGGACCACCACUAUCUCUCCGAGAUUCAUCAAUAUAUUGUUUUUCUCAGUUUACUUUAUUCUAAAAGACACAAACAGGAGUAUACUUUAAAGGAGAUGAUAACGUAACAUAAUCGUGAUGAAUAUUAGAUAGAGAAAAUGCAUGGUAAAUACAUGUAAGCAACAAAAAAGACAUUUGAACCAGUCACACUAAGCAAUCUGACUGUGCCUUUGUACAGGAACUGUACUGAAGACACUUAAAGCACACAGAGUACAGUACAACCCUCAGAAUCAACAAUACAACACCUUGCUCAUUCAAAUCACGCAAGCACUGACCUAAACAGAAUGCAUGUAGAUGGUAAAUCCUCACAUCCGGGCUACAUACACAACUUUUAGAAAGAGUGACAUCUGACAUCAGUGUGGGAGAUUGAGGGAUCUCACUUGGUUGGUCAAAGAGGCAUACAGUACUGCUAAAGUGUACAGAUAUCUGGCAAUAGCUGGUAGAAACAAUACAUUUAGGGCAAGAGAUAGAGGAGUACAGAAACAUUUGUCAAAAGGGGGAACUUUUAUAAUACACUCAGGCUUUGUGACACUAUGGAAUGUACAAUUGUCAAAAACAUACAUGUGCACACACACGUGUGUUAUAAGGCACUGUAGUAGAUCAUUAUAUAUGUAGUAAAAGGAGUGUAGGUGACAUAUACCCUGGGCACUUUAACAUGUUAUAGAGCAUACCCUGAAUGACUGUCCCCAGAGAAAACAGACAAGAUACAAGAUGUCCGUUUGUAUCUCCAACAAUUGAUCAACAACACUGUCUAUAGAGUGAUACAAAUAUUACUGUUUCAAACAUCAAGCAUGUUGCAUAACACUUCACCAAGAAAUUGACUUCUUUACAACUCGAGGCAGUUAAAAAAAAAAGAAAAAAAGAAUGAAAGAUGUUUGGUCUUUCUUUACAAAAGGUGUAAUACUAAUUCAGAACAUCUGUAAAUAUGUAUCUUUUCUUGGUUUGGGACUGGGAGUGUCUGUCUAGUGGAGUGUUUGGUUUUCAUUUCUCAGUGAGAGCAUCUUGUCUGUUGCCAGAUCUAAACCAUGGUAAGGCAGAGGACUCUCCCAUACUACAAGUACUGCUCCCUUUUCUCUGGUGGGGUACUUUUAACAUUUGGUCUGCAAUUUAAAAGGGAAAAAAAACAUAUUU